UUAAAUCAACUCAAAUGCAUUCUUCCAUGUCUAUCUUCUGGUAAACUCAAAUUCACUUCUCGAAAUUCAUGUUAUGAUCCAAACACAGCCUUAGUGAUAGACGCAUAAAAAAACUCCUAGGAUUUGAGGUCUUUAAGGACAAAACAUGAGGAAGAAACUCGAUUGGAACUAAGUUUUUUGUGUCAACGUGAACCAGAAUAUUGAUUAUUUACAACUUAUGCGAGAUAGGUUCCAAAUCAAAAGCUGCUUUCGCUGGUGAAGAACAAAUUGAAAAACCUGGGUAUCAUCGGUUUUUGUUUGCGACCAAAAUGUUUGUGCAAAAGUUUGAAUGAAGGCAGCCUAAUUGGUAUUAUCGGCACUUGUUGAUUCCCUUGGUCUCUCUCUCUCUCUCUUUUGCUAAGAGCAAAGUAUUCUUUGAUGGAGGGAGAUCAACUGGGCUCUGGUUACUCUUUUCCACCUGGCUUCAGAUUCCACCCUUCUGAUGAAGAACUCAUAGUUCAUUACUUGCGAAACAAAAUCUGUUCACGUCCACUUCCAGCAUCUAUUAUAGCUGAGAUAGAUCUCUACAAGUAUAACCCGUGGGAGCUACCCAAUAAGUCUUUGUUUGGAGAAGAAGAGUGGUAUUUCUUUAGCCCAAGAGACAGAAAGUACCCAAAUGGAUUGAGACCAAACAGGGCAGCAGCCUCAGGAUACUGGAAGGCAACAGGAACUGACAAGCCAAUUCUUUCAUCCAGUGGAUCAAAGCGCAUAGGAGUGAAGAAAGCUCUGGUGUUUUAUUCAGGUCGACCUCCUAAGGGAUCUAAGACGGAUUGGAUCAUGAAUGAGUAUAGAUUGAUUGAUACAAUUACCAAAUCCCCCAGGCUAAAAGGCUCCAUGCGGUUGGAUGACUGGGUACUAUGCCGGGUUCGACAUAAAGGCUACUCUUCGAAGAUAUCAGGUGAAAAUCAAGAGAAUCCUAGUGAACUAAACCUCUCUGCAAAACUACCGAGGAGUGAAGGAUAUCCAACAAACAUGAACUGUCGGGCUGACAUGAUCACUGAUUAUCAAUACAAAGACUAUCAGAUCAUAGCCUCUAUUCUUGUUGGUGCACCUGUAUCUCCCACUGAAAACAUGCCAAAUAUGAGCUUUAAGGGCUGCAAAGGCACCAAUCUAGUUUCAGUUUUUGAAGAUGGUUUCACUAAAGUGAAUUCUCAAAUGACAUUUCCUUCUUUGGACAGUUACUUCAACCCACUGACAAGAAAAUCCAAUGAAGAUGAACAGUAUGGAAAUCUCAUCUCUUUUAACAGGAAGUUCAACGCUGAGGACAAAAUGGACGAAUCACCUAGCAAGGUGUUGGCCAGUAGAGAAUUGAACUGCUAUAACCAAAGCCAGUCUGAAGAUGACAUUUUCAGCGGGAACCCACCAGACACUGGCAUCAAUUUUCAAGAGCUUAACGAUUUAGUCUUUACAGGAAGGUAUGACGUAGAUGUAACCGGAAGGACGAUAGCCUGAAAUAUUCAAGCGAAUGAUUGAUCUUUUUCUUUAUGCAUGGCUAACAUGGGGCAGUAUAGAAGUUUCCAUGUAUUCGUGAAAUUACUAAGAAACAAUGUAAAUAAUGCCCCAGCCAAUUAGCUUCUUGAGCGUGACCUGUGUCAGUUCAACUAGUACUUUAUCCUACCUAGUAAUCAUAGCGUGUAGAAACAUUUGUAUCUAUCCAACCUACAGGAGUUGCUUCUUAUUUAAAAGUCACAUGUAAGUAACAAGAACAUCUACAUGCUGCUGCGUAUUGGCGUACUGUAAUACCUUCUCAGGAGUUUUUAUUUUACUUUUAAA